AUGGCUUUGAAAUUGAAUAUAAUCGGAGCAUAUUUUUUGUCUUUAUUGUUAGCAUUAGCUUCAGCCCGCAAACCCUUGGUCUUCGAUGUGACCACAUAUGGUGCGCAGCUCAAUAUGGACAUCACUCAGGCUCUGUCUAAUGCAUGGAAAGAUGCAUGUGCAUCACCAAUAAGGGGUAAAGUGUUGAUCCCAAGAGGCACAUACAAGUUAAGCCGGGCAACCCUAGAAGGACCUUGCAAGGUUCCAAUCAAGGUUCAGCUACAAGGCACAUUGCGGGCCCCAACUGAUCCGAGUGGUUUCAACGAGGGCGAUGGUUGGGUCACAUUCCGAAAUGUUGACGGGCUAACCUUAGCCGGCGGUGGCACUUUCGACGGCCAGGGCAGCGCUGUUUGGGGAAAGAAUUGUGAGCAGCAACAGUAUUGCGGAAAACUCCCCAUUAAUUUUCGAUUCGAUUUUGUGACAAAUUCCUUAAUUCGGGACAUAAUCUCGCUAAACAGCAAACAGUUCCACAUAAACGUGUUGGGGGGCCAAAAUGUCACAUUUUCACGUGUUAAAAUAAUUGCUCCGGAAGAUAGCCCUAAUACAGAUGGAAUUCAUAUUGGUCGGUCGAGUGGGAUUAGCAUUACAGACACAGUUAUUCAAACGGGUGAUGAUUGUGUUUCUCUUGGUGAUGGGUGUAAAGAAAUUAGUAUUAGAAGAGUAACUUGUGGACCGGGACAUGGCAUAAGCGUGGGGAGUCUUGGAAAGUAUUCAAAUGAAGACCCCGUAGAAGGAGUAAUUGUUAGGAAUUGCACCAUUCGAAAUACCUCUAAUGGAGUUAGAGUGAAAACGUGGCCAGAUUCCCAUGACGGUUUAGCCUCAAACUUGCAUUUUGAGGACAUUGUAAUGGAAAAUGUUGGGAAUCCUGUACUUAUAGACCAAGAAUACUGCCCAUGGAAUCAAUGUAACGCCAAGGUACCAUCAAGAAUUAAGAUAAGCGAUGUGAGCUUCAAGAACAUUAGGGGUACUUCAACAACUGCACUCGCUGUAAACCUUGUAUGUAGCAGUGGAUUUCCAUGCCAGAAUGUGGAAAUUGCUGACAUUGAUCUCCAAUACAGUGGAAACGAUGGACCUAUUAUGUCGCAAUGCAAGAAUGUCAAGCCCACAAUAUCUGGCAAACAAAAUCCAAACCCAUGUGCCACUUGA